UUUUAAUAUAAUAAUUUGACCAGUAAACAGUCACGACACAUAAAGUUAGAAGAUACGAGUCAUAAAAAGCCAAAUUAGUAUAAAAUUAUAUGAUUUUGUUUUUAAAUUUCCAGUCAAAAAUUAAAAGUUUUACAAAAUGAAGAACUGUCUGUUUUUAUUACUUACUAUGUGCUUUGCUUUGAUAAGUAUUGUCCAAGCUGGUGGUCCAUCAUGGGAUCCAGUGUGCAAUGAUGUCUGCAUGCCAUGCAGUGUUACAGAAAAUGAUUGGGGAUGCAAUUGCGCUUUGAGUCCACGUUGUGCUGGAUCAGCUUUUAUAACAUAUGAGUCCUAUUCUGAACCUGAACCUUCUGCUUGAGUGUUAACAAUACUAGCUGAACCAGUCUUUGCCAAAAAAUUACUAAUUUUUUAAUUUGAAAAUGUUUGCAAAAAUCUAAUAAAAU